CUCUGCCUCGUCCCAACAUGGCGGCCCCAGCGGCAGCAAAGAAGAAGCCAAAGAAGGGGAAGACACUGACGCUGACGGAUUUCCUGGCGGAGGAUGGGGGGGGCGGGGGGGGCCCCACCUACAUCUCCAAACCUGUGAGCUGGGCCGACGAGACCGAUGACCUGGAAGUCUCCACCACGUGGCACAGCAAUGAUGAUGACGUUUACCGAGCGCCUCCGAUCGACCGCUCCAUCCUUCCCACGGCCCCGCGCGCUGCCCGCGAGCCCAACAUCGACAGAAGCCGCCUCCCCAAAUCCCCCCCUUACACGGCAUUCCUGGGAAACCUGCCCUACGAUGUCACAGAAGAGUCCAUCAAGGAUUUCUUCCGAGGGCUUAAUAUCAGCGCUGUGCGGCUCCCUCGGGAACCCACCAAUCCCGAGAGGUUGAAAGGUUUCGGAUACGCAGAAUUUGAGGAUAUCGAUUCCCUGUUCCAGGCCUUGAGCCUCAAUGAAGAGUCUUUAGGAAACAGAAGGAUACGAGUGGAUGUGGCAGAUCAAGCUCAGGAUAAAGACCGGGACGAUCGCUGCUUUGGCAGAGACCGGGAUCGCUUCCGGGACUCGGAGCGGUUCGAGAGUGACUGGCGUGCACGUCCGGCUGCUCCAGACACCUUUGAUGACUUCCCCCCACGCCGGAGUGAUGAUGGAUUCGGGGACAGAUAUCGUGAUCGCUAUGAUGACCGGUAUCGGGAUGGGCCACGGCGGGACAUGGAUCGUGGCUUUGGGAGCCGGGAUCGCUAUGACGACCGCAGCAGGGAUUACGACCGAGGCUACGAUUCCCGAAUAGGCAGCGGCCGGAGAGCCUUUGGAAGCGGGUACCGCAGGGACGACGACUACCGUGGCUAUGAUGAUCGUUAUGACCGGCGGGAUGACCGGAUGGAUCGGUGGAAUUCCCGGGAUGAUUACGGCCGGGAUGAUUUCCGCCGUGAGGACAGAGGUCCCACCCAGAGGCCAAAGCUCAACCUGAAGCCCCGGAGCGCUCCCAAGGAAGAGGAGACUUCCGGAGCUCCCGCUACCCAAUCCAGCCGGGCUGCUUCCAUCUUCGGGGGGGCCAAGCCUGUGGAUACAGCGGCUCGGGAGCGGGAAGUGGAGGAGCGGCUCCAGAAGGAGCAGGAAAAACUCCAGCGGCAGCUGGAGGAUGACAAGAGGAUCGACAGACGGCCCCGGGAAAGGCAUCCGAGCUGGCGGAGCGAGGAGAACCAGGAGCGAUCCCGGACAGGCAGUGAAUCCUCCCAGAGCGGCCCGGCGGGACCCCCGGGAACAUCCACGGGCUCUGGCCCCACCGGCCGGACCACACGGAGGAGGGAGAGUGAGAAAUCCCUGGAAAAUGAGCCCCUAGGAAAAGAGGAGGAGCCGCCCUCACCACCCCCCAAAUCCCGGGAGGAGAAGCCAAAGGUGAUGCCAGCACCGCCUCCCAAGGAAAACGCCUGGACGAAGCGAAGCAGCCAGAACCCCCCUGGCAAUUCCCAGAGCUCUGACUCGGAGCAACCCUGCCUGACCAGUGGGGGCCCCCCUGGCCCCUCCCCGCCGGGAGAUGAUGGGGGCCCCCCCAGGAUCCCCCAGAGGAGAGCAGAAGAACUGAAGCCAGAGGGGGGUCGAGAGAGCAGCUCCAAGGGCCGGAGCUGCAGCCGUGGCCCCGCAGGAAUGGGGGACCUUGAGAGGAGGGACCCCCGGAAGGAGCACGAGCCAAAGAAACUGGAGGAGACCCCCCUCUCUUUCAGCCAUGCCAGCAAAUAUGCCGCGCUCUCCAUGGAUGGGGAGGAUGAAGGUGAUGAUGAAGAAGGAGCCGAGUAAAAGCUUCCUCCCCCUCCUCCUCAGCUGCCACGGGAACCUCCGGAAAUUCCCAAAAAUCCCAACCUUGAUCCAGGCGAGACAGAAAUAAAGCCUAAAACUCUUCCUUCA